AUGACGCGAGUAACAUAUUUAGUAUGGAGUGUUUUAGUUUUAACAGUAAUAAUAAACGGUAUAUCAGGCCAGGAAUACAAAAUCGAAUUGAGUUCGUCUCAUGUGACAUGGAGAGUGGAAAAUAAAAAUAAAUCUAUAUCGGUGGCGGCCACAGUUCCGGGUGGAAUUUAUACAGAUUUGCAGAAUGCGGGUAUUAUCGGAAAUGUCCUUGAUGGAUUCAAUGAUGUGUUGGCACGGUGGGUCGCUUACGACUCUUGGACUUAUGAAACUAAAUUUCAAGUAAGACCAGAAUAUUUGGAGCAUGCAGCCUCCAUUUUGGUACUCGAAGGUGUGGAUACGGUCGCCUUCUUAGAAAUGAACGGCAGACCGUUUGGCCUCACAAAUAAUAUGUUCGUUAGAUAUGUUUUCGACAUCAAACAAUAUCUGAAGGCUGGUGAAAACGAAUUGGGGGUAAGAUUCAUGUCGCCAUUAGAAGCAGCAAAUGCACGAUCUGAGAAACACUUCACAGCCCCACAGUGUGUACCACAAGAAUAUCAUGGGGAAUGUCACGCAAAUCAGUUGAGGAAGAUGCAAGCGUCCUUUAGCUGGGAUUGGGGGCCUGCUUUUCCCUCUGUGGGUUUAUGGAAAAACGUUUCCAUUGAAUUUUACAAUGGCGCCAUAAUACGAACAGUCACAACUCACAUAAACAGAGAUAAAUUCCACUGGUAUCUAAAAAUUGUUGCUCAUUUAGAGAGUGGUGUAAAGAAGCAGAAAGUGAAAGGUUAUUUGAGUGCCAAAUUGUCUGUGAAUGCACAUCAGUCUUUAACGAUAGGAAAACAUAUAGAAUUGUGGACAAGAGACGAUGGUAAAAUUGAAGCUGAACUUAAUAUGACUAUACAUGCGAAUGUAAUAUCUCUGUGGUGGCCUAAUGGUUAUGGCGAGCAACCUCUAUAUGACCUUGAGGUAGGACUCAUGAAUGAAGGCGAAAGUCAUGUUUCGCGUAAGCAAGUGAGGAUUGGUUUCCGAACUAUAGAACUGGUUGAGGAUGAUGCUUCUACCGCGUUAGGUAACACUACUGGUGGGCAGGGACUGACUUUCUACUUCAAAGUGAAUGGAUAUCCCCUGUUCAUGAAAGGAUCCAACUGGAUACCAAGUAACAUUCUACCGGAGUUAGGAGCUGAUAAAGAAAUAGUUGACCAUCUUCUAAUGUCUGCUCGAGAUACACAUAUGGCCAUGCUACGCGUCUGGGGAGGCGGCGUUUACGAGUCCGAUUACUUCUACCAGAAAUGCGAUGAGCUGGGAAUACUGAUAUGGCAGGAUUUCCUCUUCGCGUGUGCCAUGUAUCCGACAGAUGCUGAGUUCUUGGAAACUGUUCAAGUGGAAAUCGAACAAAACGUAAACCGCCUACAGCAUCAUGCAUCUAUCGCUGUUUGGGCUGGCAACAACGAAAACGAAGUGGCUAUACGAGGAAAUUGGUACAACACACAACCAGAAUUCGAUAGAUAUAAGAGCGAAUACAUAAAACUCUAUGUAGAUGUUAUAAAACCGAUAGUGGAGAGGUUGGAUCCAGGUCGCCGUUACUUAGUAUCCAGUCCUUCAAAUGGCAGAAAGUCUGAAGAAGAUGGCUACAUAGCUCUUAAUCCAUACGAUGCCCACUACGGCGAUACUCAUUACUAUAAUUACAUAGCAGACAACUGGGAUUUUAACAUCUACCCUCAAACAAGAUUCGCUUCAGAAUAUGGUUUUCAAUCAUUCCCAUCGCUAAAAACGAUGCGUUCAGCAACAAACAAAUCAGCUGAUUUUAGUUUGGAUAGCGAUUAUUCAAAACACAGACAGCACAGCCCCAACGGAAAUAACAAUAUUGAAGUGCAGAUAACGAGACACCUGCGACUAGAUAAGAAUGAUACGGAUUAUUUUAGGAAAUUCGUCUUCUUUAGCCAGAUCAGUCAAGCAAUGUCUAUAAAAGCCGAGACAGAGUUCUAUCGGCAGAGCCAAGCAGAUUGGUUCACAAUGGGUGCUUUAUAUUGGCAGUUGAAUGAUGUGUGGCAGGCGCCCUCUUGGGCAGGAAUCGAAUAUGGUGGUAAAUGGAAAAUGUUACAUUAUUUCGCACGACGUUUCUUUGCGCCCGUUCUAGUAUCGCCACGCCUUACAUUAACAGGAGAUGUUGAUGUUUAUCUGAUAAAUGACCGAUUUGUACCGAUAAUAGACGCUGAAAUAAUUGUAGACGUGUUUAAUUGGAGUAGUUUAACGCCGAUUCUAACACAAUCAUAUCCAGCCAACACCGAAGCUCUAUCUAGCACGAAACAAGCGAGUUUGGACAUAUGGAAGAAGGAAAAUAAAGAGGAGAUUCUCUUGAAAUUUUCACUUAAAUGUAUGGGCGUUGAAUCUCCGCCGAAUUAUAUUUUCCCGGUACCGUUAAAAACUGUGAAAGGAUUGAGUACGCCUAAUAUUCGGGUAAAACUAAGAAGGCUGGACGUUUCAUCGGAAGAUGAAAAUCGCUUCGUAGUGACCAUUAAAACAGAUGCUAUAGUAUUGUUCUUCUGGUUGGAAUCUGAGGUAGACGGUCACUUCAGUGACAAUGGGCUCAUCCUGACUGAAGGAGAAACACAGCUUUACUUUACAACUAAAGUUUCUACAAACAAGAAAACUAUACAGCGCGGAAUAUCGUAUUCUUAUUAUAUGCAUUGA